CUCAUUUAUCAAAAUUUUCCUAUUUAUUAAGUGCAAUAAUUUCUUUUAAAAAAAACUAUUUAAUAAAUAAAUUAUAAUACAAAAAUAAAUAUGUCAAAAACAUUAAUUGCUGUAAUUUUAAUUUUUGAUAUCUUUGUUGUAAAUUAUGGUUUUGAUUUAAGUGACAUUGGCAAUUCAAUGCGCGAUGCCAUCAACAAAGCUGGUGAUGGCAUACACCAGGGCUUAUCAUCAGCUCAGGGAUCACUUAAUUCGUGGAUGGAUUCCAUGAAAGACAGUAUGAAAGAACUAUCUCAACGAACACAGAAUGCUAUCUCCGGUGGCGAAGAUUCCAUCAAACAAUGGCACUCAGAUCUUGUCAAACAAGUGGAUCAGGCUAUAGAUCAGGGAACCGAUGCCAUUGAUAAAAUGCACGACAAUAUGGUAGACAUGGAAAAACAGAUGAAAGACAACUGGGAUAACAUACCGGAGCAAAUGAGACAACAAUAUCAGGAUAUGUUAGACAAAGUGCACAAUCAAAUGAGCGUUUUGGAGACUAAAUCAGCUGAAAAAUCAUCGUAAAAAUGACUGAUAUAAUAAUCUUAAAACUAAAUAAAAUAAUCUUAAAAAUUAACCAUGAUAAUUCUUUAAUAUUAUUGUUUAAUUCCUUAAAUUUAAAUUUAUUUUUAAUAAUUUCUAAAAAUAUUAUAUAGUAUUUUUUAAUAUAAUACAAUAUAUAUAAUAAAGAAUUUUUGUUAUA